AUGGACGAAGCGGCUCAGCUGGAGGCUCGACGCAAACGCCGGGAAGCCAUCAAGGCCAAAUACAGAGCUCAGGCGACGCCUUUACAACUGCAGGCUCUCCAUAUUGCUAGCGAUAGGGGUUCAGCCACGCCAGGUGCCGAGGUCUCCACCAGUAACGCCCCUUCAGAUUCACAACCGUCGGCAUCGCAGACGCCCAACGAGAACACGGGGGAAUCAUUCCCUGACUUCAAGGUUGGCAACGAUGCUGAUUUGUUUAACGAUGGUGCCCCCGUAGAUGGCACCGACAAAGAUGAGCCGUCUGCGGCGGACUACGAUCCCACUCUGGACAUGAAAGCCGACAGAGAAAGACAUCACGAUCUCUCGGCCGCGUCGUAUGAUGAGACGCAGACUGUUAAGCAGGACGUCCUGAUCCCGGAUGCGCCGCCUGCGCAACACCAGCCCAAGGCCAAGGACCCGUACGACAUGUUUGCGGAAGAUGACGACGAUAUGUUUGCCGAGGAGACGCAGGAUACCGCGCACCCUGCCCAUGCGUCGGCCAAGUCCGCCGUCCCUCAGCCGCAAGAGUUGGACAUCAGCAUGAUGGACAACUGGGACGACCCCGAGGGGUAUUACAAUGUCCGGCUUGGUGAGUUGAUCAACGGGCGCUACCAUGUGCAGCAGAACCUGGGAAAGGGCAUGUUCUCGUCCGUGGUGCGCGCAACCGAUUCCAAGACGGGUAAGUUGGUGGCGGUCAAGAUCAUCCGACAGAACGACACCAUGCGGAAGGCGGGUCUUAAGGAGAUUGGGAUUUUGGAACAGCUCCGUGAAGCUGAUCCGGACGAUCGGAAGCAUCUCAUCCGGUUCGAGCGGCACUUCGACCACAAGGGGCAUCUCUGCAUGGUGUUUGAGAAUCUGAGCAUGAAUCUGCGCGAGGUGCUGAAGAAGUUUGGACGCGACGUGGGCUUGAAUCUGCGGGCGAUCCGGGCAUACGCGCAGCAGAUCUUCCUGGGACUGAGUCUGAUGCGGAAGUGCAAUAUCCUUCAUGCCGACUUGAAACCGGACAACCUGUUGGUGAACGAGCAGCGCAACGUGCUGAAGGUGUGCGAUUUGGGGUCGGCGUCCCCAGCUACGGAGAACGAAAUUACGCCGUAUCUGGUCAGUCGAUUUUACCGAGCGCCGGAGAUUAUCCUGGGCAUUCCUUACGAUCACGCGAUCGAUGUGUGGUCGAUUGGGUGUACCCUGUUCGAGCUGUACACGGGCAAGAUUCUGUUUACGGGGCGGAACAACAAUCAGAUGCUACGAUCGAUCAUGGAAUGCCGGGGCAAAUACCCGCCGAAGCUGCUGCGGAAGGGGUCGCUGACGCAUCUGUAUUUCGACGAUAUGCUCAACUUCCACAGCACGGAGGAGGACAAGAUUACGGGGCGUCUGGUGACGCGGGUGUUGGAUUUCAAGAAACCGACGCGGGACCUGAAGACGCGGCUGAUGGGCAAGGGGGCUCGGGGGAUGACGGACAGCGAGGCCAAGGAGCUGACACUGUUUGUGGAUCUGCUGGAUCGGUGUCUGAGCCUGAAUCCGGAGAAGCGAUGCACGCCGGCUGAGGCUCUGAAACAUCCGUUUAUUGCACGGCCGAAGGCGUAG